AUGGUGGCAAAAAUUACGAUUCAAAUCUUCAUGUUUGGUGUUGGAGGAAUGAUCUACAGUACAUUGCACGUUGUUGUCUACCUAAGUGCUGGCCUCGACACUAGGUGUCGCCACGUGAUCGGCGUCGUCUCGGCUGUCAUGCACAUCAUUUUCACGUUCACUCAGCUCUACUUUAUGUUCAGUAGCUCAAAGAUGUGCAUACACAAGUAUAAGACGGUGGCGCGAUUCGGACUGAUGCACGGGCUAGCGGCAAACAUGUGCGUCCGGAUAAAAUACCUCGUCAAAGAAACGGUCGACGAGCUUGCGGAGAUGCAUAAUGAAAACGCUGUUCGUGCCGAAGAAGAGUCGCCUGACGUCGAGUUGUCACCGUGGAAGACGUGUCAUGUUGGCGUCAGUGCGCACCAGGGGGAGGCAACCCACGUGAUGGCGAUCGUCAAGGUGGCAGUUACGGCCGAGAAGUUUCUCUUCCCGUGUCUGAUCGAGUACAGCCUUGUCGCCGCUGCCAUCAUGUUUGUGAUGUGGCAGAACAUCGGUCAAGGCGACCCCGCGAUCCGCAGCGGUGGCGACGCUGACGCUGGCGCUGGCGGCCGCGCGCACUUCCGCGUCGACUGCAACGGCGCCAUCUUGGGUCUCUUCUUCGGCAUUCUCGUCUUCGCAUGCUCGCUGACGGAGCUGAUCUUGUUCUUUCAUAUCAACGAAGAUUCUCCAGGUCAACAAGAGCUUGUUAUAUUCGAGUCGUUUCUCAUUGGUCUUCAUGUCAUCGCCAUCAUCGUCACAGCUGUCGCCAUCUACAGGUUGCGAUCGCUGCCCUUCAGAGAACACGUCGAGGAGGAACUAGACACGAUGCUGCUCUUCAUCGCACAGUUCGGGGUGUUCCUCUACGCGAUAUGUUCCAUCAUCGCUACGAACCUGACGCUGUCGAACGCCGCCGAGACGCUGCUACUUGUUUUCAAUAUAGCGCGUGUGCUGCAGACCUGUCUACAGACGAUGCUUAUCAUUGAUGGCACGCGGCGCUACUCUGCGCAUGCGCACGGCGAGCGGCCGGGCAAGCAGCUAAUUACGUUCCUGAUCGCUGCGAAUCUCUCGCUCUACAUUCUCAACACGUUCGAAAUGCUGAAGGUGACAGCCAACCCCGUGCAGCGGAAUUUCUACGGAACUAUGGCGUGUACCAUAUUGACGCAUAUCUGCACGCCUCUAGCGAUCUUCUAUCGUUUCCACUCGACAGUUUGUCUGGCGGAGAUUUGGAAGAAUGCGUACACGCCGAAUAAACAUUGAUUGCAUCUAUUGAAUUAUUACUCUUACUAAGUUCUAACUCUAUGCGCGCUCUGUAUUAAAGGUGGAUUAUUGUUUAUUACAGUCAUAGAUUAGAUUGUUCUUUCUCUCAGACCCACUCAGAUUUACCUCUCACAUUGAACUUACCUCUCACAUGUUUUCACGUUGAUAUACACUUAUAAAUAUAAAUAAAUAAAUAAAGAAUAAUGUAUAAUGAUA